ACUUGGACUGACAGAGAGUGAGAGGAGGGAGGAGGGUCGGCUGCUUGCGGAGCGCUCGCUUCCCCCCCUCUUUUUUAUUAACAAGAAAAACCUUUCAUUUUUUAUUCAGAUCUUUUUUUUUGUAAAAAUAAAUUCCACCCAUUUUUAUAUCAAAAAAAAUUUAUUUUUGUACCUUGUAAAUACACGACCAAAUUUUAAAAAUAAACGAAAUAAUGAACGCAGUGCAAUUAAUCAACAUCCAGAGACUGAUAGAAGCGGCCGAGUUUUUAGAGAGAAGAGACCGAGAAGCAGAGCACGGAUAUGCAUCGUCGUUACCCUGCGAUGUGGAGGCGACCAGGAGGAAAAUGAAAACCAAAAAGAAUUCGAGCAAUAGUCGAGCACACCUUCGUCUCUGUUUGGAACAAUUGAAGGAACUUAUACCACUGGGAUCAGAGUGUACCAGGCACACUACUCUUGGUUUACUCAACAAAGCCAAAGCACAUAUUAAGAAACUUGAAGAGCUGGAUAGGAAGUCACUGUACCAGAUUGAGCACCUGGAAAGAGAGCAUCGCUUUUUAAAGAGGAGACUGGAACAGCUACAGGGUCUGCCAGAGAAUGAACGAAUGCGAAUGGAUAGUGUAGGAUCCAAUGUCUUCUCUGAUCGUUCAGACUCGGAACGAGAAGAAAUUGAAGUGGAUGUUGAGAGCACAGAAUUCUCCCAUGGAGAUGUGGACAAUAUUAGCACUUCCAGCAUCAGCGACCUUGAUGAUCAUAGCAGCCUCCAAAGUGUUGGUAGUGAUGAAGGUUACUCAAGCUGCAGUAUAAAGCUCUCCUCAUCCAUUUAGAAGACCCUGAAACUACCUGCAAAUAGCCUGAGGGAUCACAAUUUGACAAGCUACUUCAGCUUUAGACUUUUGUGAGGAAAUUAAAUAGGUUAAGAACACAUGUUUGUACUGCAAUACUCAUGCACGAGGCAUUCACCUAGUACUGAGAUAAAUUACAUUGUUUUGAAGAAAGAAAUAGUGCAUAGGAUUGUGGGUACAAAGCGAUACCACUAUUCAGAUGGUUUCUUUGUGUAUUCGCAGAUAACCCAUUAGUGUCAAUUCAGUUGGAAAAUAUAAGCCUUUUUUAAAAAAAUGCACUUUUUAAGGUGAAGGGCAUCUUGAUGUGUAGCCCAGAGUUUCAAUGUAAUUUGAACAAUGUCAGAAAGUUUGUGGCUUUCUGAUAGAUUGUUUCUACCCUGCACUUGGAGGUCUUCAUUUCCUUUAUAAAACCCGCAAGGACUUUACCUCUGCGGAAACCUCGCCAAUCAGAUUGUUGUAAAGUCCACUUACUGUAAAAAAAAAAAAAAAAACUACCCUAGAUACUGAAGAAAUCUUUACAAAAUUGGUAAUUUAUGGCUGAUUUUAUUUAGUGUGGCAAACAAAAAAACAAUGUAUCUUGCUCCCUUUGAUUCUCCAAGUUUUAUGAAGUUAAAUCUUAGGGACAUUUCUUUUUAUUUUUUGUUUGUGCUGAUGUUGUGCCUUCUAAGCGUGCAUUGUGUUGUCAUGAAGUUACUGUCUAUUAUCUAUUUGUCCCUGCACGUAUUCAGAGCAAUUUAAAAAUAGUUCAAUCUUAAUCUUGUUUCCUUCACUUCCCUUCAACCUCAGUUCCAUAUUAGAAUGGCCUGAUUCCUGUAAAAUUAACCUGACCGCAACAGCCCCUUCAGCAAUUUUGAAGCCCCAUACCAAUAAAGUUAAUAAAUUAGCUUUGCAAGAAUAGAAACCUAUAUGCAUUAGUAUGUUUUAGCUUUUGGUAUAUGUGCACACUGCAGUACAGUUAAUGGUAUUUUUUAUAGAGAAGAGAAAGAUUUUAUUGUUGCUAUGGUCAAAUCCAACGUUGGUGUUAACUACAAAAGCAUUAGCAGUAGAUUCAGGACUACGGCAUGCAUAUAUAGAAAUGUGUGGUAAAUCUAAAAUUUGAAAACCACUAGGGACGAUUAGACAGAGGGCUUGUCUGUGUUUCAAUUUAACUUUUGCCUGCAGCUGAGCUUUAUUUUUAUUCAGUAAUAUUUCAACUUUAGUUUUAACAAUGAUCCAUUUCCAUUUGAAACAUCCUAGCUGUUAUAUUUUCUACAAGUUUUCAUUUGAUCUUGAGAUGUCCUUCCCCAGAAAGUCCAUCACUGCUCUCUUGCCUGCUGGAUAAAGUGCAUAUCAGGAAAUUGCAGUUAAAUUGCACAAUGUUGUAAUAAUUAAAAUUUGACAAAAUGUCAUAGGAAUAC